CCAUGUCACAUGUCACAUUGAAGUAAGCCACUGAAAACGGUGUAAAAGACGAGGAGGAUUCAUUUCGACGAUCACUGGAUACACACCAGCAAGAAUGCCGAGUUCGAUUGAUCAGCAAAGCAGUUCAUCGCCACUGUCUGCCAGGAUAAGAUCAACAACAUGCAAGCCGUCGUGCCCCGCAGGGGACCGCGAGAGAUUGAUGACGUGCCACUAUGCCAGACCGACCGGCGCGAGCGCGACCAAUCAAUUAUUCCCCUCCGAUCCCGACUCGUCGCCGUCGACGGCGUCCCUGUCGUCCCCGUCGUCGUGGGUGUCAAGAUCGCCACCCACCACCAGCACCUCGGCGGGAUCGGCCGGCGAUCCCUCGACGUCGAAGAGCUGCUUCCGCAGCACGUCGUGGAGGCCGUCGAAGAGCUUCUUCUUGACGGCGUCCAUGGCCCACUCGAGCCGGUGGAGCAGCUCGGUGGAGUUCUUGUUGUACAUGAAGAGGCCGUUGUAGAGGUCGAAGCUGUCGCUGCAGGUGUUGUCCACCAGCCGGAGCAGCGUCUCGUACCCCCUGGUGCUGAUCGGCGUCGGCCGGAGCUCCAGCAUGGCGAGCAUCCUCCCGACGGUGUGCGUCAGGAACUGGGUCCCGGCGGCGUGCGCGUCGUGCUCGGCGCAGGACAUCUCCACCAUGCGGCAGCCCUCGCGGGCGAACACGCCGAGGAAGGCCUCGGCGCGGGCGCGGCGCGCGGGGCAGUCGCCGACGCGGACCCUGUCGAAGACGAAGGGGAGGCCGGCCCAGCCGUCGCGCGCGGACUCCGGGCCGAACAUGGGGUGCGUGCAGAUGAUGUCGAACUCCUCCGGGAGCGCGCCGAGGAGGAGGUUCUUGGGGAACUCCUUGACGGAGAGCACGUCGGCGAAGAGGGUGUCGCGGCGGAGGCGGUGCACGGGGAGCGAGCGGACGACGGGCUCGGCGGAGAGGAUGGAGGUGGCCAGGAGCACCACGUCGGGGUGGCACUCGCAGAGGUCGUGCGGGUCGGGGAAGAAGCGCGCGCCGAGGGCGGCGGCGGCGGCGGAGUAGUCGGAGCGGGAGUGGGCCAGGACGGUGUGGCCCUGCGCCACCAGCGUGCGCGCCAGGAACUGGCCGUAGUUGCCGAACCCAACCACGGCGAUCUUGAGGCGCGGCGGCGGCUGCUGCUGGUCCUCCCUUUCCCCGACCUCAGCCGCGCGUGGCAACGAGCCGUUGCUAUCGAACGGCUGGGCGGCGGCGCCCGUGGCGCGGAGGCGGAGGGGAGGAGCCGCCGCGCCGGGAGGAAGCCGCCGCCUCCGGCAUCUCGCCGCGUGGAACUGGUGGUUGGUCGGAGCGGGCAGUCGGCGGCAGGAGGAUGGCGGGUGGUGGAGGCGGACGGAGGGAGGCGUCGCCAUUUACUCCUGGGUGUGGGUGGGCGGCGAGACUAAACGGCGGCGAUCUUAUUAUUAUUUUCUCGAGACAGAAAAGCCGACGAGACCUAAGGUCAAAAAAAAAAAGCCGACGAGACCUAGGUCACCUAUCGUAAUGGGCUGGCCCAUUUGUCAGGCCGGCCCAUCUUAAUUUCUAACUGGGCCACGAUGGCCCGGCCCGUAUAAUAUUUGAUCCAAUUCACAGGUGCUGAGGGGUAGGGGCUCUUCGGUAAUUUGGCGAGUUGGGAGAAGAGGGGAUUCGUUCGACCGGCGGCGUGGCGAUCGGGAGAGGCUGAGGGAGGCCGGCGAGGGCGAUGGAGGAGGAGGUGACGGGGAGCGGCGGGGGGAUGGGGCGGAAGAUGGCUGCGGGGGAGGUGGAGCUGAAGGAGAAGUCGGGGACGGCGUGGAGCCACUCGUACCUGAACCAGAAGCCGUGGCACCCGCUCUCGUACCCGAACCAGCGCCGCAAGUGGAUCGCCGAGCAGGUCCACGCCAACCGCGCGCGCCGCCAGGAGGAGGUGCAGCGGGAGUUCGCGCAGGAGCAGGAGUUCUUCCGGCAGACCGCGCUCUUUUCCAAGAAGGACAAGGAGAAGAUGGAGGUAAUGAAAGCUGUGAGUUUUAUGUACGUGCGCCCACCUGGCUACAAUGCAGAGAGUGCAAAAGCUGCUGAAGUUGAAGAUGAGAAGAAGUCAGAUCCAGGUGACAUGGCUCAAGGUGCAGCAGCAGCAAGUACCUCUUCAAUGCCUGAAAAGGGACCUGAAAAGACUCAAGCAGGUGCAGAUAAGAAAAAUAGACCAAAAGAUGUUUUUGGUCGGCCAUUGCCAACAGAACAAGAAUUCGAGGUUCUAAAAAAUGCUCCAAGGUUAGAAACAGGUGCUCCUGUAAGAAUUAAGCCAUUUGGUGUUGAAGUUCGUAAUGUUAGAUGUUUAAGGUGUGGGAACUAUGGUCACCAAAGUGGUGACCGGGAAUGUCCGUUGAAGGAUGUGAUCAUGCCUAACGAGGAGAGUCGAUUGAAAAGGGAUGAUCCACUUACAACUAUUAUGGCACAGACUGAUUCGAGUGAGCCUUUGAAAUGGGAACUUAAGCAAAAGCCUGGCAUGAGCCCUCCUCGUGGUGGAUUCGACCCAGAUGAUCCUAAUCAGCAGAUUGUGGCAGAAGACAUCUUUGAUGAAUAUGGAGGUUUUCUGGGAAACUGUGAUAUUCCAGCUCUCAUUUCCAACUUUACUGGUAGCAAAUCCAAGAAACGUUCCAAGAAGAAAAGCAAGCAUAAGCAGGUUGAAUCUGCUAUUCUUAAGGAAUCCAAUAGACAUGAAAGCGAAUAUCAUUUAUCAUCGGACUCUGAAGAUGAGAAGAGAAACAAUACAUUAAGAAGCAAAAGAAGGAAAAAAUAUUGUUCUGAUUCAUCCCAUUCUGAUUCUGAGGUGGAUGCUAGAAAAGGCAAGCAUAAGUCAAAGCAUAAGCAUAAGAAAAAACACCGGUCAGAGUCUUCUUCUGAUUCAGAAGUUGAGGUUCGUGAAGAUACAAGGAGGCAUCUGAAGAGGGAACACAGGAAGGAGAGAAGAGAGGAGUCACCAUCGUCCUUCUCUAAGGAUAAAGGAGACGCCGAAAGCAGGAGGCGUUCAAGGGAGAAGCGCCACUACAGUUGCUCGAGUUCUUCUGAGAGUGAGAGGCAUUCUCUACGACACAAGGAAAAACAAUAUUACAGUGACUCGAGUUCUGGUCGGCGCCAUCGACACUCAAGGAGAUUGAGGGAAAAGAAAUAUGACAGUGAGGCGAGUUCUCCUGAUGCCAACAGGCAGCCGAGAUCAAUGGAGAAGCAGUGCCAUACUGAUUUGAGCCCGCAUCAUACUGACAGGCAUUCACAGAGAUCAAGUGGUAAGCGAGACUAUACCAAGUCGAGCCGUUAUGAAAGCAGUAGACAUUCAAGGAGAUCCCAGGAGAAAAGGCGCCACUCUGAUUCUAGUGCGUCUGAUUACUCAGACUCUGAUCGGCACAACCAACACCGCUAUCAUCCUAGGGGAAAAUGAUCUGCACGGUGUAUGUAAAUUGCCCUCUCCACAGUGUAUAUCUGGGGAUCACCCUGGAUGUAACGGCAUUAAGGGUACCUGGCCCCUUUCUGAAGAUCACCAGGAUCCACUUGAGUCUGGUAUUUUGGUGACUGCCUCAGGGCCGUCAUCUGUUUUGUAACAGUAAUGAAGUUGUUCCUUAACGAUUGUAUUGUUGUAGCAUGUGAUAGGGGUCCCACAGUGUUGGUGGUUGUUUAAUUUUGUGCGUCAGGCUUCCUUUUGGUUCUGCGCACUCGCCAAAAAAGUUUUUUUUGGGUGAAAUGUAACGCUUCUUUGCGUGAAUUUUCGUAAACCUGGUAUAGUUUACCCACCCCCACUGGCAUGAAAAACUUUUAUUUCA